UCAGUCCUGGCGGAACUCUUGCAGCCUCUGCCUGAAUUGCCAUCUGAGCAUCAGAGAGGUGGGAGCCGUGGUAUCAGUAAAAUGCUGCUUUUCCUUCAGGAAGUUGGCCAGAAAUAGCUAAGGGGUUGGUUGUUUAGCUCUUCUCUGUGCCCACAAGGAAGCAGUGAGACUGGAAGAGGAGGAUGUUUCAAGUAGUACCUGGCAGCAGCAGCAGAGGAUGCAGGGUUGCUAGGCGACAGGUGAAGGUGAAGAGGACAGAUUUGCCAAGAGCAGACUACUUCAAGAACAACAUGAAGCAGCAGCGCGCUGGUGCUUUGUAGGCAGGCUCUAGAGAUAGUAAAAGGCUCAGGAAAGCCGCAUGUGUUUAGGGCUGCUGCUGCUGCUGCUGCUGCUGCUGGAGUGAGGGAAAAGGCAGUUGGGUCAAGGCUUGAGAUUCUCGUUCCGGGACGUGCCUGGGGAGGAGAGCAGCCGGUGUGGAUACUGAAAUCAAUGCAGAGCCUGGAAAGGUCAGGCUGGCAGACAGCUCUGGAGAAAGAUCCGAAUGUCAGAGCAGAACAGCACCGAGGAUGGGGAUCCGGACCCCCAGCACAGCUUCUAUAUGCUGUUCCUGCUGGUCCUGGUCUUCUUCGUCAUGGGCCUUGGAGGAUUCCUCAUUUGCCACAUUCUGAAGAAGAAGGGCUACCGUUGCCGGACAUUCAGCGAUGAACUUGACUCCGAAAAGAAGGAGUCACUGACCCAGCUGCAAGAUGAUGAGGAUGAGGAGCUAAAUGAGGACACAGUAGAGAAGAUAGUGAAGUGCAUCAUUCAGAAUGAAGCAAAUGUGGAGGUCCUGAAGGAGAUGCUGGCGGAUGGUGAUGCUGAUCUGCCACUGCCAGUGCCUGUGCCCAGUGGCCUCUGUCCCCAUCGCAACAGCCAAGAUGGGGGUGUGCCCCAUCACCACACCGUGCACCUGGGCUCAACGCAAGCACCUUGCAUUCACUGCAGUCGGAAGAAGAGGCACCCACUGCAUCGCCAGGGCCGGUCCAAGGAGGGAAAAAGCAAAAUGCACCCUGGAGAGACCACUGUCUUCUCUGUUGGCAGAUUCCAUGUCACCCAUAUUGGGAAGAAACCUGGUUCCCAUGAUUCACAAAGGGAGUCGCUUCCCAAUAGCAAGCAAGAUCUCUAUGGAGACCAGGAAAGCCAUAACAGUGAGAAACACCAAUGGGAGGGGUCUCAGAAUGGUAUAGUUCACAUGGAUGGUCUUCAGCAAGAAAGAUUCCAACAGGAAGAUUCUACGAGUGAAUCUGAGAGGCGGAAAGAUGAUUGCACAGAUGCGCCAACUCAAGGAGAGAAUCCACUGAAUGAAACAACUAACUCAGAUGUUCCCAUGAGUGACCCAGAGAGGAAAGAGCACCUUAACACAGGCUCAUUACAAGAGAUGAGCCUCCUAGGGACUACCAUAAGCAUCACAUCUGACCAGAAGCUUUUAGAUCUUGAAGAGCAGCUUGUCUCAGAAGACCUGGAGGAGACAAAGAGGCUGAAUAUGAAAGCUGAUCACUCUGAUGGGAAUAUUCAAAGGGCAGCUAACAAAAUAUCAGAAAGUGAAAGGAGUCAAGUUCUUCAAGGCGGAUCCAGACUAGAUUUGUCUGGAAAUGUGAUCAGUAGGACAAAGAGCACAGAACAUGAGGAGCAGAACUUGGUGGUGCAGGACCCAAGAGUAUCUGUGUGACGGAGGCAUCAUGCAUGGAGAAACUUUGGGCCCCCAAGAGAUCAAAGCUCAUUGUGAGAACAAUACUCAUUAGAAGGGAGCUACUUGGAGAAGUCAGAAUGAAAGUAGCAAACAGAAAACAAGAUGAUCCUACCUGCUCCAGGUUCAGGGCUGCCAAGCAGAGGGAUGCACAGAAAGCCUUCAUCAGGCCUACAAGAAUGAGGCAGCCAGGUUUACAACAGAGCAAGGCCUGGCCCAGAACAGCUACACUGUACUUGGCAUGGCCAGAGCAAUGAAAGGAUAUGCUGCUUCAACCAGUAAAAUCACUGCACUCGGCAAGAACCUCACCCCCAUCACAAUAGUUAUCCAUCCAGCAGCAGAACUGCUCCUCACUGGAACAGGACUAUUUUGUGGGUGUGUCCACAUCACUGGAAACUCCUGCUUCCCCAUUCUGGCAAUAGCUUUGCUAAGUAUUUUGCAACCAUGUGUUUGGGGAGCAGGGGGAAACCCAUCAGAGGACCUCUGUUGGUGAGAAUUCUAUUCUGUAUUAGGCUGAGGCCCAACAUGUGGUACUUGGAAGAAUCCCAGAUGUAUACACUGAAGCUCUCAGCCACUGGCAGGGAAGGAAAGCAACUCAUUGAAACAAUGACAGCUCUUUGCAGCUGCUGGCUUUGUCAUAUCACCCUCUUCCCAACCACCCUGGGUGACCCUGCCCAAAAGUGCCUCAGGGUUUUCACAUGUACCUCUUUUCUGGAGCAAAAGCCCCAGACUGCUCCAGGUGCUGCCAUUUCAGCAACAGCAUGAAAUGCUGUUUCUCCUGCAUGCUAGUCAUCUCUGAGCCAAUCAUCAGAGUUAGAAAUGCGGCUUCUGCUUAUAGUGAGAAAGAGCAGAACCCAGCCACUGUAGGUGGUGUGAGUUUUGAGCUAAAGGAAGAUGCUGGGGUGCCACUCUCCCCCCCACCCCCCAUGUAGCUGUGACUCAGUUGCUGAGACAGACUGAGUUGUGCUCUAAGCUUAAGUACCCACACCCAGCCUGGCCAAGGAACACAGUAUCCCCAACAGUGUUCCCUCUAACAGGGAUUCCCAGAUGUUGUUAACUACAACUCCCAGAAUCCCCAAGCAAAAGCUACUGCAGCUGGGGAUUCUGGGAGUUGUAGUCAACAAUGUCUGGAAAUCCCUGUUAGAGGGAACACUGAUCCCCAGGGAUAGACUGCAUUGGGCUGGCAGCUAUAGUGCCUGGGCUCUACCCAGACAGGAUGAGCUAGAUGGUUUCCAAUCUUUGCCCAAGGCAACAAGCAGAGCUAGUAUUACAACUCAGGAGCCGCAGUUAUGCUCAUUUAUUUCUAGAAGUCUCUUAUAGUGUCGAGUUCUGCCUCACUUAGCACAGGGAAAGCAGCUUUCCUUUGGAUUGCAAUAUUCACACACAGCCACUCUUCUAGGCGGGUCCUCCUUCCAAGGAUCCUGCUCUGGUUUCCACUAACCGUAUUACCUCCUAGGGAGCAGUCAAGUAGAGCCUAGUUCUGAGGUCCUUUGCUAUGGUGCUCCACCUGCUAUGUGUGAGCAACUUGCAGGAGGAGGGGAAAGUCCGCAGCACACAGCUUGGCUGUGAUAGGCUUCCCUCCCUAGGAACAGAGAUAUGAACCCGAUUCUGGAGAGCAGCCUGUUAGAAGCUCCCCUGGAUCCUCCCCUUCCCCAUCACGCUCUUCUGUGUGUUCCAGUUAAUGUCAUAGUAAGCCAUGAAACAAGGCCACGUCCUCCUCCUUCCAUAAAUUAAUAUUGAAAUAUGUAAACAAAAACUAACCCCAUUAAAAGCGCUGGAAAAAAAUGCACAAUGAGGUCUCUUUAUUGGGUCAGCAACCACCCAGCUGUUCCUCCUCAAAGAACCAGCAGAAGGAGCCAGCCCACUCUUCAGGGGACUGUAAAGAAUUAAUGGCUGCCCAAGAACCAUCCUGCCAUUGUACUUAUUGCAAGGGGUGCAAAAUAGUUCUGAUAGGCAAAGUGCAAACAGAUGCCAGCUAGCAGCAUUUAAAGCAAAGGGAGAGUCCAGCUCCCAUUCCCACCCACAGACAGGAGGGAAAGUGCUUGUAUAGCCUCUAGUGGUAACUCAAGGAAUAUCAAGGUGGGUCCUGCCAUUUCUGAGUUCUCAGUCACAGUACGGAGAUGGGAACAUGACACCAUUCCUUGUUGAAACCUUCUGGAACAGCCAGUCUCUCUGGGCACUUCCUCAUGUGUUGUGGUAGAGGCAACUGUGGCUAUGGGAGAGAGGGUUGUCACCAGAGAAGCAGCAAUUCCUCCUAGCACAGUCACACUGUUUACUUGCUGGUGCUUGGGAAUGAGGGCUCCAAAGCAGCUAGAUACACUCAACAGCUCCAAGCAGAAACUGCUUUGCUUAGGGGCACCUGGGCCUUCUCUGGCAGCCUAGUCCCCAGCAGAUAUAGUGUUAAUCAUGGCCAGACAGUGAAUCAGCUUUUGGGGCUGUAGAUGGUGGAGGUGGGGGAACCCGAACCUGCAAAAAGAAAGAGGCAGAAGUUGUGAAGUGUAUAGACUCAAAUUGUUGCACUAUACCUAGAUUCUUAGGGUACACGGCAGGAUUUGGAUAGAUGGUACAGGAUCCUGUUACUGUACUUUGCAUGAAACUACUGGCAAAGGUUCAAUUACCCUUACAUAUAAAGAGACCAAGAUUCUGUCCUCUACCCUUUUUACGAGGAUGGGGGAAUCCUAAAGGUGAAAGAGAAGCUUGAGGAGAGCAAUUUUUGAACUGAAAAAUGACAGGAAGGAAAUGAAGCCGCUACUCUCUGCCCUUCUUCCACUCAUAUUAACAGCUCAUGGCUGCUUAGAAUAUUACAAAAAAGUGGUGGCAGGGGAGGUGAGGGAAGGAAGGAGUCAGAAUGUCUUGCAAUGUCCAGCCAGGCCCUAAAUUGCAUAUUUAUUCUGCCAGUGAUGAAAAGAAACAGCUUUGUCUACAAAAGAUAUUCAGUCUGUGGGACAUAAAGUCUUUGUUCAAGUUUUGGCAACAGAAUCUGAUGGUGCUUCAUACAGCAAACUAAUUAUUCUGCAAGGCUAUUUCAUGUCUUAAUGGAGGCCUAACACAGAGUAUCUUCCAAGGAUAAAAGAGCAAACAAAGGAAACUGCACCACAGGCCUAUCAAGCAGGGGCUGUUCCAAUUUUUUCCAGGAUUGGGAAGCCACUUAUCUAGAUAUCACCCCUACACAUACACGCAGAUUCCAGGCCUUGCCCAAACUUUUUUUAUUCUGAAGCACAUUUACAUUUUAAAAAAAAAAGGGUUACACUUCCUCAACACAGACAUCUUUUUCUUCUUUUUUGCAGUGGCAAGCCGCUGCACCAUUCUUAUUCAUUUAUUUGUGGGUGGGAGGUGAUGGGGGAUUGAUUAUGAGGCAAGUCAGACCCCAAACUCCAUACCCUUGGAUAUGGCUUGCUACCUUAUGAACUGUGAAGGACAUGUCUCUUUCCGAUCCAUAAGGGAGUAAGAUAGCACGAUGCAACUGGCUUGUGUUCUGUGAUGGGAAAUUGGAAAUGUGAUGGGUUGGGACAUGGCGGCCUACACUAUAUAUUUACUGCCUGGUCUGAAGUAUUUCUGAGCUGCUCUGUCAUGCUUCAUUUUAUCUGAGUGGAAAGGGGGAGGCCUUUUGCCCAAGCAGGCUUUAUCACAAUUAUUUACUUAUUAAUCAUAUUUUAAUACCACCUAAAAAAACAGAUUAAAAUACACAAGACAUAAUAAAAAGUAUUAAACAGUUAUUAAAUUAUUAAAAUUAAUUCUGAUUAAAAGCUUUUGAGAACAGGAGAGUCUUGAGGGUCUUCCUGAAAACAAACAGAGAAGAAGAUGCUCUUAUUUCAGCAGGGAGCAUAUUCCAAAGAGCCCAGUCCUGAGUCGCCACCAAACGACCCAGUGGCAACUGUAACCAGACCUUUCCAGAAGAUUGUAAUGGGUGGCAGGGUUCAUGACAAAGGAGGUGCUCUCUUAAAUAGCCUGGACCCAAGCCACUAAGGGCUUUUAUAGGUAAUAAAUCAGCACUUUGUAUUUCACCCGGAAACAUAUUGGCUGCCAGUGCAGUUCUUUCAAGACCGGUGUUAUAUGGUCCCUUUGUGUGGUCCCAGAGACCAAUCUGGCUGCCGCAUUCUGUACCAUUUGUAGUUUCCAGACUAUGUACACAGGCAGCCCCACAUAGAGUACAUUACAGUAGUCAAGCCUGGAGGUUACCAGCAUAUGUACCACUGUUUUAAGACAAGGUGCCUCUAAAUAUCAGUUGACUUCCUUAGGGCUCUACUUAGAGUACCUAGAUGCGCCUCCAAUGUAUUAAGGUUUGAGUUGGGCAUUCUGAAGAUUGAGGUCUGGGCCUGGUUGUCUAUUUUGACCUAUUGGCUUAAAGUCAGAUUUUUUCCUCGAGGAUGGGUCUCUCUUAUCUUGGCUGAUGGAGCCACUUGGGCCCGGGCUAUUCAGGACAAAAUUGUGUCCUUAGGUCUGUCUAUAGACUACCUGUUCUUGUUAAGUUAUGACCAGGCUAGGCAGAUCCUGAAGCAAAGACUCUUGGACUCUGAAAUUCAACAAGAACUCUCCCGAAUCCCCGAUUGUACUAAAAGGAGGUUGGGUUUGAGCAGUUCUAGCUGGGGCCCUGCUGCCUAUUUGAAUGCUCUGAGCAUGACGUGCUACCAGAGGGCCUUUUUUAGGGCAAGACAUGACAUGCUACCUUCAGCGGUGCUCUUGGGGAGGUUUCUGGGGAUUCCUAGGGAGGAUAGUUUUGUGCCCAUGUGGUUACGGUAUGGGGGAAGUUGAAUCCAUCCAACAUGUUCUGUUGUGCUGUCCAUUAUAUAGAGAUUUAAGAUGCUCCUUAUUAACUCCUCUUCUGACACCCUUCCCAGGCUGUUCAGGAGACUUUUAUGUUUCUUAUCUUCUUGCGGAUAGAAUUUUAGAUGUCACCUUUAAGGUGGCCAAAUUUUGUUUUAUUGCAGUAUUGUUACAGCAGUGAGCUUUUCUUGAUUAAUUUUAUAAUUUUAAUUGAUUAUUAUCCGUGGAUACUUAUGCACAUAUUUCCUUCUUCCAAUUGUAUUUUUCUGUGUUAUGAGAUAUUUUGUUUAUGUCAUGUUAUGCUGACCUUGGGUCGUAAAUGAAGAAUUCUAUUCUAUUCUACCAGUUGCUGGGGA